GUCGCGAGGUCGAAAGUUUUGCCCAAAUGAUGCAGUUGCCUCCCUUAAAAAAAGGACGCCGUUUGUAAGUUAAAGAUGGGUACGGGAUCAAUAAGAAAGACAUAUGCAUUCAUUCUCAAGAUCUAUACAGAUAUAGCGAGCCCACAUCAUGUUUAAGAAGCCAGCGUAUAUAUUAAUCAGCAUAAGUAGUAGAUGGGACAAAUAGAAGUAAGAAUUACAGACACAGAAAUUCAAGUGGCAAUGCUGCACAAUAGUCUGUCAUUUCUGAUACUAUGAAAAACACCGAAUGAAGCAUAUUUAAGAAAGAAAUUCUCUUUUUGUAAGUUUUCCUGCCACACUAGUAAUAGGAGACGUCAGCUGACAACAGAUAUGGAAAAUCAGACAGCUGGUAAUGCAGGAGAGGAAUGCUAUAAAUGUGAGUUUUGUGAUUAUGCAAGUAGUAAAAGCUCUGAUUUAAAGAGACAUAUGAGAAUACAUACAGGAGAGAAACUCUUUAAAUGUGCUGUUUGUGAUUAUGCAGCCAACCAAAGUAAUAAUCUGAAGACACAUAUGAGAAUACAUACAGGAGAGAAACCCUUUAAAUGUAAAGUUUGCGAUUAUGCAUCCUACGUAAGUUGUAAUCUGAAGGUACAUAUGAGAAAACAUACCGGAGAGAAACCAUUUAGAUGUGAUUUUUGUGUUUAUUCGUGUUCAGCAAUGGAUAGUUUGAAGAGACAUUUAAGAACACAUACAGGAGAGAAAUCCAAAUCCUUUAAAUGUGAUGUUUGUGAUUAUGCAUCCAGUGAAAGUAGUACUCUGAAAAUACAUAUGAGAAUACAUACAGGAGAGAAACCCUUUAAAUGUGUUGUUUGUGAUUAUGCAUCCUACGGAAGUAGUAAUCUGAAGGUGCAUAUGAGAAAACAUACUGGAGAGAAACCCUUUAAAUGUGAUAUUUGUGAUUAUUCAUGUAUAACAAGUGAUUGUCUGAAGAGACAUUUAAGAACACAUAUUGGUUAUGCAUGUAUCGGAAGCAGCCAUCUGGAGACACAUAUGAGAAAACAUACAGAAGAGAAAUGCUUCAAAUGUGAUGUUUGUGGUUAUGCAUGUUAUGAAAGAAGUGAUCUGAAGAAACAUGUGAGAACACAUACAGGAGAGAAACCAUUUAAAUGUUUUCUUUGUGGUCACGCAUGUAUUGGAAGCAGCCAUUUGGAGACACAUAUGAGAAAACAUACAGAAGAGAAACAUUUUAAAUGUAAUAUUUGCAACAAAACAUUUGCUUCAAGUGCUAAUCUGAAGAGACAUUUGAGAACACAUACAGGAGAGAAGCCAUUUACUUGUGCUUUGUGUGAUUAUGCAUGCUUGCAUAGUUAUCGUAUCAAAAGACAUAUGGUGAUACAUACAGAAAAGAAACGCUUUAAUUGCGACAUUUGUGACUUCGUAAGUUUUAAAAGCACAGAUUUGAAGACACAUAUGACAAUACAUACUGGAGAAAAACUGUUUAAGUGUGCUGUUUGUGAUAAUGUAUUCAGUCGAAAAAGUAGUCUGAAAAGACAUAUGAGAAUACAUACAGGAGAAGAGAUACACGUUGAAUGUGCCAUUUCUGAGUAUUCAUGUGAGGAAAGAAGUCGGCUGAAGGAACAUAUGGGAAAACAUGCUGGAGAGAACCACUUACCUUGUGAUACCUCUGAUCAGAAAUCAGAAGACACAGAUGAGACUACAUACAGGAGAGAAACACUUUAAAUUUGGUAUUUGUGGUGAUGAAAGUAAUGUGAAGACGGGAAGUUAGGAAUAACAGUAAAAUAUAAGAGAAAGAAAUACUUAAAACUUAAUGUUUGCAUAUACACAAGUAAUAAAUGUGUAUUAAUCAGGAGACAUAUAAUACAGACACAUACCAGAGAAACGUAUCUGGUAUAUUGAUUAUGACAAUGCAUUUGAUCAAAGUAGUCGUAAAAAGAAUACAAUGGAAAAAAUGCUUUCAACUUGAUGUUUAUAUACAAGUUGUUAUCUGGAAACAAAUACAUGUAUAAGUUAAGAUAAAGAAGAGAAAAGCAUUAGAUUUGAUUUUUUAGGUUAAACAUGAAAAAUGGCUUGAUAGUUAUAAUUAAUGGGACAAUUAGAUUAUAACACAUUAUUCCAUACUGUCGUUGUGUUGACAUUAUGCCAGAAAUACUUUAAAACAAAGUACUUUUAUCAUGUUUAUUUAAUUGUCUAUAUCAACAGAAACAAAACUGUAAACUGCUUCCAGCUGUGUACUUUUAGGAAAGGUUUCAAAACGUCAAAUAGAUAAAUUUAUAAAAAAAAAAAACAGACGAGUAAAGCGUA